CAGGUUUGAAUAGUUUGCGCGUCACCGUCUGAAGCGAAGCAGGAAAGAAAACAACAGAAGAAGAAGAUCUGUGAGUUUUAGAGAGACGAGACCACAGCGGGAUGGACGACCGAGCUGAGAGCGAUUUGUUCCUGUUGACUGACGAGAAGUUCGACUUUGAUGUUUCUCUGUCACCUGCCAGCUCCAAAGGUGAUGAAGAUGAAGACGAGGUGUUCGUGGGUCCCGUCAGCCACAAGGAGCGCUGCGUCUCUGUCAGCAUGGCGUCCCUCGCCGGUGUAGGAGGAGGAGGAGGCGGCGGCGUUCGGGCGAGCUGGAGUCCCCUGAGCGGAGAUCAGCUGGAGGCUGUGUGUCAGGAAGCCCACAGACUGGCCGACCAGCUGCAGUGCUCCGAACUGAGCAAGCCGAGCGGGGAGGACGCCACGACCGCCGAUGUGACCACGAUGGACAAGGACGAGUUCGUCCAGGACGCCGAGGCCAAACUGGGCGUGCUCGGUCGGACCGCCGGUGCGCUCAGCCCCAUCAAACGGCAGACCUUCUGCGUGCAGGACAGUCCCAUGAAGCAGCUGCCACCUGCUGUCCAGCGCCGCCUGCUGAGAGGAAGCAGCACCAACACACCAACAUCCACCCGUUCUGCUGCUAUAGCAACAUCCACCCGCCACGCCAACACCCCAACAUCCACCCGCCCUUCAAACACUACAGCAUCCACCCGCCCUGCCACUACAGCUACAUCCACCCGGCCGCCGGCCCUCAGCGCAGCCUCAUCCGCCCGCCCCGCGUCCAGACAGAGCACCUCCAGCCCCGUCGCCGGGGUCAAGCCUCUGCCCAGGACGGGGCUGCGAGGGAAAGCUGCCCUCGGCGUCGCCGUAGUGCUGCCGAGCAGACCGGCUGCCGUAACCGUUUCCUGUUCUGUCAGCAAGAGCAGAGUGGAGAAAACCAGACUGCAACCGCCGAGCAAACCGUUGGGCGGCUGGAGGCGGAGCCCGUCUUCUCGCCUGUCCAGCAGAGCGGAGUCGUGUGAGGAUCUGCUCUCUGAUUCGGCGAGCGUGGCGUCCGACAUCAGCGACUCCUCCCUCAACUCCAGCCUUCCGGGAAAGCGCACGCUGGCUCCGCCCACCAAGAGGCCUCUGAGGAACCUGUCAGGUGUGAAAGCUCCGCCCCUUCAGAGGAGGAGGAUGACGGAGGGGAGGAACACUUCCUCAUCCUCGUCCUCGGUGUCCAGCUUCAACUCCAGCCUCUCUCUUUCCCCCGCUACAGGUAAACUGAACUCCUCUAUCACCCGGAGUCAGAGCAUCUCCACUGGCCCCGCCCCGAGCAACAUCAUCAGCAGACCGGCCAAUCACAGCGGGCCGCGCCGCUCCACCGUCUAUGCCGCCGCAGAGCCAGUGUCCUCCACCGCCGGCCGCCGCUCGCUGUCCACACAGGCCAGGAAGCUGUCUGAGGUGGAGCGCGCCAAAGCCACCAGGUCCACGCCGCUGAAGAGAGCAGAGGCCACGCCCCUCCAGGUGACGCCGGCCAAGAGGGUUUCGGAGAGGACCGUCUCCAUCCCCACCGCGGCCCCGUCCCUGCUGCAGAGCGGGGUGAUGACCAGAUCCAAACCAGAGGCCCUGGUCCUACCGACACCCAGCGGAGGAGUCGGAGGAGUCAGAGGAGUCCGACAAGGAGACGCUCCAGAAGUCUCAAAGCCGAGGAGGCUGACGUCCGUGCGCAGCGUGGACAGUCUUCCUCAGAAGCCGGCUGCUGGCCCCCUGACGCCCUCUGCUGGAAGCUGCAGGUCGCUGCAGGUGAAGCCGAGGCGCCCCUCCGCCCUCCCCACCCCAGUGAGACGCAGGAUGUCCUCCAUCCCCGUCGCCACGCCAACCAGACCGCCGCCCACCUUUGACUUUGACCCCGCCCCCACCUCAGCCAUGAAAGAGAGAAGCUGCAGCCCCGCCCCCGCAGACACCCAGGAGGCGGAGCCUGUUGAUGCCCCCGCCAUCCAGCCCUUCUGUCUCGAAGAGGAGGCGGAGGAGGAGGAGGAGCCACCUGCUGCCCCACCCACCAGCCCUCCAAAGCCUGACCAAUCAGAGAGUGCAGCAGAUCCCGGAGCGCCGAGUCAGAGCGAAUCAGAGCCCAGCAAGAACCUGAUCGAACUGGAAACUACAGAGGAGAAAAGCAAGACGCAGGAGGUUCUCCUGUUGGAUCUUCCAGCUCCGACUCUGCAGCCUCAAGAGAAACUUCUCAUCGACUUGACCAACACCCCCGACCUGAUCCGGACCAGCGGCAAGACCUGCACCACAUCUCAGCAGCUGAUCGACUUGAGCUCUCCGCUCAUCAAGUGGAGUCCAGAGGAGAAGAGGGAGAACAACGCUCCGCUCAUCAACCUGUCCUUCUGAUCCAGGUUCCUCAUGAAGACCUGGAUCUGACGGUCUCUGCAGUAAACUGGACUCAGCAGGCUUCUGUCUUCAGAAACUGUUAAUAAUCAUAAUCCAGUUAAGUUAACGACAGAGUUUUUAUCAGUGGAGUCUUCACUGAAGCAGAGUUUAUGUUUUAAACAAUGAAAAUAUUCCAAUGUUGCUGAAGGUUUUCUGCAUCUGAUUGUACUUUUUUUAUUUGUCUCCGUCGUGCUGCUCUUAUUGAUGUCUGAAUAAAUGUUGUUAAUGU